AUGGUGCCCGAAACUGAGAGCGAGCACUGGAACGAUGUGUUAAGAAAGCCGGCCGUGACAACAGACAACGCGGAAGACCACAGACUGAUUGUCGAGGAUAUCAUAUCCAGGCAUGGUAUAGAUGAUUCUUUGAGUCUGUUCGCCAUGGACCGUCUUGCAAUGGUGUACUGGUAUGAGGGUAUGCGACACGACGCUAUCGAGAUUCAACGAAAAGCUCUCGACUGUCGCGAAGAGGUAGAUGGGCCUGAGGACACUUUCAACCUUUUCUCCAUGGAUGCCUUAGGCUUCAUGUACUUUGAAGAAGGUCAAUUCGAACAGGCUGAGAAGGUCCUCCUUCAAAGUAUGGAGUUACGAGAACAAGCUGGUCAUUGUAACGCUUCUAGGACGUUCAAGGCCAAAAUGCUACUUCAGAAGACAUAUGAAAAACAAGGCAAGACAAAGGAUGCUCUGAAAACCUUGUGGGAACUCUUGGAGACUCUGUCAAAUGCAACGGGUAUGGAAGGAGAGAGAGAGGACGCUCUGGGAAAUCUUUACGUACUUUUGGGGUCGCUUUCCAGAGCAACUGGUGCGCAGUUUACACUUUGA